CCUGACGCUAGCUGUCAUGUCAAUCAAGUCAACGAACUGAUGAACUUGGCGGUUUUAGGAUUAAUUCGAUUAAAACAAAAAAAUGCCUCCUAAAAAGCGCGAUAAAGACAGUGAAACAAACAAAAACUCUAAAAUAGAUCACUUACAAGCUGAUCAUGAACUGUUUUUACAAGCCUUUGAAAAGCCUACACAAAUUUACAGAUUCUUACGUACCCGUAAUAUGUUAUCGCCAAUAUUUCUUAAUAGAACGUUAUCAUAUAUGAAACGAAGAAUGUCGAGAAGUAAUAAAAGUAGGAACGGCUUCAAGGUAGAUUCAUUAUUAGAGAAGAUAACAUUAAAAAAGAGUAUCGAGAUUCAGCCAAACAGUUUGGGCGGGUACAUGACGCUCACAUUUCUAGGAUUUUACGAUAAAAGUUUAGAUGAUCCCAGAGAUUAUCAAGUGAAAGUCGAAACAUUACUAUUAAAAAUUUGCCACAAGAAAAGAAAAGAAAGUUCAUCAGCCAUUAUUGAAGUAUCUGUUGGUAGUUGCUCAAUCCCAUUAAAUCCGUCUACAUCAGAACCUCCCUCUAUGGCCUCCGCAGUCAGUAUAGCAAGUGACACAUUCAGUCCCUCUCAGGGACCUAAUGUAAAAUCAUAUAUGCUGAUGCUGAGGGUUACUGUGACGAAAGCUGUAUGCAAUACAACCACAAGCAACGCAACUAGUUCUACUGAAAUUACCAAUGGUGAUAGUGAAGAACCUUUAACUAAACGCAUAAAAUCCGCAUCGGAUCAUUUCAAUUCUACAACGGAGAACAAAUGGUGUAAAUACUAUGGCAGUGAGUUGAUUGUCUAUGACAAGCAUAACCGCUGUUUACUUACGAAUGGAGAGUAUGACUUGGUACUCCAUGAUGCGACUCCCGGCAGUAGAAGUGCUACCAUCGCUCGAUCACCUCACAAAGCUUUGAUGGCUCAGUGGGAGACUAUACCUAAUGAAAAUGAAGUGCAAUCAGAAUUAAAUCCAUUUGAUAUAUUCAAAGUAAGACCCCUAUUGAAGCUCAAGUUGAGCUGGAGUCAAGAACCCACCAAUGGUCUAGUGAACAGACCCAAACUGUACCAGCCGUCUGCUGAAACUAACGGUGUUAAGAAAGAUACUAUAAACAAAGAUAGAAUUCCCACACAGAAAUGUCACACAAAUGAUGUUAAAAAUGGAGAGAAGUCUAAAGGUGAAUCGAGCGAAGGGGAGGGCAAGCGGCAGCAGAUCAUCUACCAGUUCCUGUACAACAACAACUCGCGCCAGCAGACGGAGGCGUGCGACGACCUGCACUGCCCCUGGUGCUCGCUGGACUGCGGCGCGCUCUACUCGCUGCUCAAACACCUCAAGCUCUGCCAUUCCAGAUUCAAUUUCACAUAUUUUCCGAUUCCCGGCGGCGCUCGUAUAGAUGUAUCAAUAAACGAGCUGUACGACGGCUCGUACACGGGGUCGCCUCACGACCUGAUAGCGGCGCAGGGGCGGGGCGGCGCUGGGGGCGGCGGGGGCGGGCCGCGCGCCGGCCCCACGCGCCGCGCCUCGCUCACACACGUGCUGGUGUGCCGGCCGCGCCCGCGCCGCGCGCCCCGCCACAGCCUCGCAGAGUUCCUGGAGCUCGAUGAUGCGGAUGCUGACUCGCAGAGACCAUAUCUCACAGGACAUAACCGACUAUACCAUCACACAAUAACCUGUCUACCGGUAUAUCCUAACGAAUUGGAUAUCGACUCCGAGAGUGAAACAGACCCGNUGUGGCUGCAACAGAAAACUAUGAUGAUGAUUGACGAGUUCACUGACGUUAACGAAGGCGAGAAAGAACUCAUGAAAAUGUGGAACCUCCACGUUAUGAAGUAUAACUACGUAGGCGACUGCCAGAUACCGCUCGCUUGCCAAAUGUUCCUACAAAUGAAAGGCAAAGAACUCCUAGAGAAGAAUCUAUACAGAAAUUUCAUACUUCACAUGAGUUCUUUACAUGACUUCGGACUACUGAGUCCGGUUGCUUUAUACCAAACUAUACAAAGGCUGAACCAAAUGCUAGCGGAUAACGCUGAAGCCAAAGAAAAGAUGCGAGAAUCUCUAAAAGCUCAAAGAGAACAUUGGAAUUUGAUUGGAAAAUAUCAACAACCGGUUAUAAUAGAACAGAAACCGCAAACUGCUAUAGCUAAAUUAAACAAUGUGGAGGCAUCACCUUCCGUUAGAAGAAAAACAUCGAAUUUACAGAACGCUAAUAGAAUGGGCAGCGCUAGUAAUUUUGCAAGUUCCACUCCCGGUCCGAGUGGAGAAACUAAACGGAAAAUGUCCUCCGGCAGUAUACAAAGUCGCAAACGUUCUUCUAUAUCAGAAAGAAAAAGUUCUGUAUAGCGAAUAUUGAAGAAAUAAUAAUAGUGUAAUUAUUGAUGGAAUUUACCUACAACUGUUUGUUAAACCUUGUGUGUUUCUGGAAUGUUCUAUAUGGGACAAUUAUUUACUUACAUGUGUUUAUAUAACAGUGAAUACGAACUAUCAUAGAACUUUCAAAUAAACGCGGUAUAAAGUUAAACUUGGAAUAAACUAAGUGUAAGCUAAAUUUGUACUAAGUUUAAGUUUAUACUGCAUUUAUUUGUAAGGCUGUAAGAGAUAGCAAUAGCUGUCUCCGAAUUGGAUAAAAGAGCUUUUCAUAAAAAAAUCAAAUAAUUCAGAUUUGAUGCACAUUUUCAUAGAAUCUCGUGUAUUUGAGAGUGCAAUUUACGUGAAUUUGUAGAUGAAAUUUUUGAAUGCAAACAGUGUUGUAUUUGUUUCUAAGUUGUUGUAUGUGUUUAGAACAAGUUAUAUUCAAUUGAUAACAGUUUAGGUACAUUGAAUUUGCGAAAUUAUGAAAUUGUCAUACAUUAUGCUCAGGGGUAUGUUAUCUACCUCUGGCUACCCCAUUAGUGAUAAAGUCGCGAGAGGUUUUCCUUUAUAAUUCAAAGUAUAGUUAGACAAGUGGUGACAUUUAGUAAAAAAAACGGUUUCAAAUACUGUCUUAAAUUAAGUGUGCUUUUCGAAUUCUGUCGCAUCUCAAAUUUCUCAUUACAUUGCGUUUGCAACCAAGUAAAUUUUAACAGACUUCAAAAAGGAUAAGGUUAUAAAUUCGGCAAUAUUUUUUUUUCGUUACUUAAAAACUUAGUUCCUGGUUGUUCGAUUUUCAGUAAUCUUUUUUUGUUCAAAAGAUACCUUUUUGCAUGUCGUUUUAUUAUUUUUUUUUUAACUAUACUUGUUAUUUCGUUCACGACGAGGACAGCGCUGCGUCGUCUCUUGCCUGAUGGUUUUGCUAUACAUAUAUAUUUUUUUGUUUUGAAACUAAAUUUUAUCUCUGACAUUCAAUUAUGAAAGCUUAAAACCAAUAAGUUUUUAUUAUAUACAGACAAAUAUGCCAGAGACUUUUUUAUAUUUCGAAAUUAAGUAAUUCAAUAAAUACGACAUCGGAAUAAUAUUGUUAUACAAAGAAAACAUUUCGCUAUUAAUAUCGAAUACAAAUCAAUCAAUAGUCCUUCGAUUAAAGAAAGCAAUAAAUUUGUCCAUAGAUAUUUUGGAAGUUAUAAAUGUAACAAUAAAUUAGUAAAAACUUAGAACCUCGGUGCAGGGUUGCAUUUUUAAGGUUUAUACAAUAAUUUCAAUAGAUUUAAAACAAUAAAAUAAAAUGUUGACGACCCCUGUCUUAAAUCUUAGUAUUUCUCUUUAAAAGCUAAUAAUGUUUGUUAGUAAUCAAUUAUUAUUAAUUUAAUUUUAUACAUUUUAAUUAUACGACUGGGCUAUGCAUAAUUUUAAUUUUAGGGAUUAUUCCCGACCGUCACCUCGCUCUGUUUCCACGUGGCGACAGGUGAGUAUAAAACGUUUCAUCCGUCCCACCUUUUAGUCACUAUUACCAAUAAGGUGACAAAUUGGUCCGUUAAGAAAUAAAAUAAUUUUCAACAGUCCCCUCGUUGCAAAUGGUGGGACGGAUGAAACUUUUCCUGUUCAUGUGGGGACAGUGCGGGGGUGACGGUUGGGAAUAAUCCAUUUUUAGUAAGCAUACAUUGAAAUAUUUAAAUUCGCACUGCUUGGUAAGAUCUCGAAAGUUCCGGAAGUUUCGACUUAAUAUGGCUAGAAUACCUAUGAUAUUUGUUAAUGUGAGCGAAAGUAAUUUAUGUUUAGUUUGUAACUAAGUAGAUAUCGAACUUUAUUCAAACUAAUACUGAAUUCUUGGUAUAGUUGAAAAUAUUGUACAUGUUUCAAAACAAUAGAAUAUAAGUAAUUGGUUAAAUUUAAAUAGGUUAUUUCGCAUAUGUUUGGUUAUUAUCAUGUCUAGAUAUAAUUAAAACAAAUUGGUCUAAAAUCGAAAUCAAAGCAUAUGAAGCUUGUUUAUUUCUUUGUAUUGCGUUUUCAUAGUCCAGGGGUAAAUAAAUUCCGGUGAGGUAGGUCGAAAAAAGUAUAAGUGAGGAACCAUUAUAUUGAAAUUAAGUUUUACUGCAUGGAAAUAUUUCUAAUUAAAAGAAAAUGUUGUUUUAAUGAUUUAAAAUAUAUAUAUCUGAUUUACUCGACAUGUUACGUACCCCUGGAUUUUUCCUAUUAAUGUUUAUUAUGAACAUUUUAAUCCAUUAUAACAUAAUGAAAUCAAUACUGUUGUUUGUCUUUGUAGAAAGAGAUCAUUUGUUUGUGUUUUAGGUCUUCUAAUAAAAAAAAACUUUUAAUAAAUUCGUCGUAAUGCAUCAUAAAUUAUAGACCAAAAAGUAACAAAAAUGCAAAUAACACUGCCAUUGAAAAGACUGUAAAUCCGGUUGCCUUAAACAUUCAAUUCAAUAUAUUUUGAAGUUAAUAUAGACAAGAUUCAUGUAGUUAGAUAAACUUAUUACUCUGUGGUAACUUCGACCAAUUGGGAUGUCGCCAACAUUUGGAUGUUGGUGUUGCCAGUUUAAAGAGUUUUUGACAUAGUUUGAGCAAAAAUAAAUAAUAGUAAGAUUGUACAAAUAAAUAUUGCGUCUUACCGUAGCAUAUUUUAUACUUUUGCAUGUAUGUAUUACCGAAAUAUACGUUCAAAAUUGAGAAAACAAAUAAAUAGAAUUCAAAUAAUAGUACUAUAUUAAUUUUUUUAUUUGUUAUAAAUGUAAAAUGUUUAUUUUCGGCGCCAAUAUUUCAUUUGUCACAACUGUAUUGAGUUUUAUUUCUACAACUUAAUAGCAAGAUUAGAUUGUUACAAGCUUCUGGUAGAAUAAUUUUUACAUAGUUCAAUGUUUUAUGUAAGUUAUAUUUGCUUUUUGUAUAUUGUGUGAUAUGUAUUUCAAACGAACAACGGUUAUUUUAAAUUGUUUUAUUUUUAUAUUAUACUGUUCUCAUGUAUAAUA